CUAAAAGAAGAGGAGUCUUUAUUUAUUUUUAUCUCUUCUUCUCUCUCUUCACUGCGGGCCAUACAGGUGUUUUGAACAUUUAAAACUGCUCUUUCCCUUCUAGGGUUUCUUCAAUUCUCUCUCUACUUUUCAAGCCGAGAAGGAGGAGAAGAAGAAGAAGGUGGAGUGGGGUUUGACUGGUUCUCCCUGAUUUUCUGGUGAGCGUUCCUCGGCUAGGCAUUUGAAAUGGAGCCUUCGGACACAACGGAGGUCACAGAGGAGGUUCUGCCACCACCUCCAUCUGUGAUUCCUCAUGAUGGAGUUGGCAUACAAGUAAAACCAGAACAUGCAUCUGAGUCGGUGAAGAAAACAACAAAGCCAAAGCGUUUCCCGAUGUCUAGGCGUGGUUUUGGAUCUAAAGGACAAAAAAUAUCACUCCUAACGAACCAUUUUAAAGUUGGUGUUACUAAUGCUAGUGGCCACUUCUUUCACUACAGCGUAGCCUUGUCAUAUGAAGAUGGCCGGCCUGUUGAAAUGAAGGGUGUUGGAAGAAAAAUAAUGGAUAAAGUUCACGAGACUUAUGACACUGAGCUGUCUGGGAAGGAUUUUGCUUAUGAUGGGGAGAAGAGCUUAUUCACGGUUGGGGCCCUCCCACACAACAAACUGGAAUUCACUGUUGUGCUCGAUAGCGUCUCUUCAAAUAGAAAUACUAGAAAUGGCAGCCCUGAUGUCAAUGGAAGUCCAAAUGGGGGUGACCGAAAGAGGCCAAGGCGUGCAUCCCAGUCUAAAACAUUUAAAGUAGAGAUAAGUUUUGCUGCCAAAAUCCCAAUGCAGGCCAUUGCAAGCGCAUUACGUGGUCAAGAAUCAGAGAAUUCUCAAGAAGCCAUCAGAGUCUUAGACAUAAUUUUGAGGCAGCAUGCAGCAAAACAGGGCUGCCUUCUUGUCCGUCAAUCAUUCUUUCAUGAUAACUCAAGGAAUUUUACAGACUUGGGAGGCGGUGUCCUUGGAUGCAGAGGGUUUCAUUCCAGUUUUCGAGCCACACAAGGUGGUUUAUCUCUAAAUGUUGAUGGGUCCACUACUACAAUCAUACAGCCUGGACCGCUUGUUGAUUUUCUCAUUGCAAACCAAAAUGCACGAGAUCCAUUCCAGCUCGACUGGUCAAAGGCUAAACGGACUCUCAAAAAUUUAAGGAUAAAGGUAAAACCUUCUAAUUCAGAGUACAGAAUUGUUGGACUGAGUGAAAGUCCUUGCAAAGAGCAGAUGUUCACCCUAAAAAAUAGGGGAAAAAAUGGAAAUGAUGAUGCUGAAAGUAUAGAAGUGACGGUUUAUGAUUAUUUUGUUAACUAUCGCCAGAUAGAGUUGCGGUAUUCUGGAGACUUACCUUGCAUCAAUGUUGGGAAACCAAAAAGGCCUACUUACUUGCCUAUUGAGCUUUGUUUUUUGGUUUCUUUACAACGCUAUACGAAGGCAUUAACUGUUCAUCAAAGGUCCACCUUGGUAGAAAGAUCAAGACAAAAGCCCCAAGAGAAGAUGACGAUCUUAACUGAUGUCAUGAAAAGCAACAAUUACGAGGCUGAUUCAUUGCUGCGUUCUUGUGGCAUUUCAAUCAGUACUCAAUUUACUCAAGUUGAAGGUCGCGUUCUUUCAGCCCCAAGGUUAAAGGCAGGAAAUGGAGAAGAUCUUAUUGCUAGAAAUGGGCGGUGGAGCUUCAACAAUAAGAAACUUGCUGAACCUUCAAAAAUCAAGAAUUGGGCUGCUGUAAACUUCUCUGCUCGCUGUGAUACAAAGGGUCUAUGUAGAGAUAUAGCCAGGUUUGGAGAAACGAAAGGAAUUUUCAUAGAUCCCCCAAUAGAUGUUUUUGAAGAGAAUCCUCAAUUUAGACGAGCUCCACCUAUGGUUCGCGUGGAGAAGAUGUUUGAACAAAUGAAGCCACAAUUGCCUGAUGGUCCUCCCCAUUUUAUUGUCUGCCUUCUUCCUGAUAGGAAGAACUCUGACAUAUAUGGUCCAUGGAAAAGGAAGUGCCUUGCAGAAUUUGGAAUUUUUAAUCAAUGCCUUGCACCUACUAGAGUUAAUGAUCAGUAUAUCAUGAAUGUACUUUUGAAGAUCAAUGCCAAACUUGGUGGUUUGAAUUCUCUGUUAGCCAUUGAACCAUCAAGAAAUAUACCCUUGGUUUCCAAGGUUCCUACCAUAAUCUUUGGAAUGGAUGUGUCACAUGGCUCCCCUGGCCAAUCUGAUAUUCCAUCUGUUGCUGCUGUUGUGAGUUCUAGGUGUUGGCCACUGAUCUCUCGUUACAGAGCUUCUGUUCGUACACAGUCACCGAAAGUUGAAAUGAUAGAUUCGCUUUUUAAGCCAGUAUCAGAUGAUAAAGAUUUAGGCAUUGUCAGGGAGCUACUGUUGGACUUUUAUGUGAGUUCAGGGCAAACAAAGCCCACUCAAAUAAUCAUUUUCAGGGAUGGAGUCAGUGAAUCGCAGUUCAACCAAGUCUUGAACAUUGAGCUAGAUCAAAUUAUUGAGGCUUGCAAGUUCCUCGAUGAGAAGUGGACUCCUAAAUUCACAAUAAUUAUUGCCCAGAAAAAUCACCACACAAAAUUCUUCCAAGCUGGGUCUCAAGAUAAUGUGCCUCCUGGAACUGUAAUUGACAGCAAAGUCUGUCAUCCAACGCACAACGAUUUCUACAUGUGCGCACAUGCAGGGAUGAUAGGGACAACAAGACCAACACAUUACCAUGUUCUUCUAGACGAGAUAGGCUUUUCAGCUGAUGAUAUGCAAGAACUCAUCCAUUCUCUGUCCUAUGUGUAUCAGAGAAGCACUACUGCCAUAUCCAUCGUCGCCCCAGUUCGCUAUGCACACCUGGCGGCUACACAGGUUUCACAGUUCAUGAAGUUCGAUGACUCCUCGGAGACAUCUUCGAGCCAUGGAAGUUUGACUUCUGUUGGAGGUCCCCCUGUCCCCGAACUCCCCAGGUUGCAUGAAAAGGUUUGCAGUUCUAUGUUCUUUUGCUGAUCUUUUUUGUGAAAGUCCAGACUAAUACACUGUUAUCAAGGGUUUUUGGUAGGCAGCUUAUUUCCAGCAAUGCCUCUUAACUACUCUGUCUAUAUAUUAUUACACACUUGUGAAGGAAGAUGGUACUAGCAGCUUCUUCCUAGGGAAACCUGUGUUCUGUAAAGUCUGACUAGACUACUUUGACAUCCGAUGUACAUACCAACGGCUAUACUAUGUGGUUUCCCUAUUUUGUUUCCGGGUCUCAUGUCUAUUAACUCCCUGUUGUAUAUGCUACAUGGCUUCUAUAUUUUUGUUUAUAACUCUAGUAGCUACCUAGGAAACCCAGGUUUUGUAUGUAUGGACGUAUUGAGUUAUGUACAUGGCACAUGGUUUUGCUAUCUCGUUCCA